AUGAGUAAGAACUGGACUGAAGCACGGAGUUACUGCAGAGAGAAGUACACUGACCUGGUUACCAUUGACAACCCAGAGGAAAUGAACAGAGUGAUUAACAGCGUAAACCUCACUGGUUAUACUGGACCAGCCUGGAUAGGACUGGAGAAGGGAAACUCGUGGAACUGGCAGUGGUCCCUGGAAGAGAGACGUCUCUACAGUGAUGGACAGACUGGGUUCUCAAACUGGGACAGCAGUCAACCUGACAAUUAUGGUGGGAAUGAGAACUGUGUGGAGAUGAGAGACAACGGAAAAUGGAAUGAUCUCCCUUGUGAAUAUAAAUGUCCUACAGGAUCCUUUAUUUGUUAUGAUGAGAGUGGUGAAGGUGACCAGAGAUACAUCCAGAUUAAUGAUGCAAAGACAUGGAAAGAUGCUCAGAGAUACUGCAGAGAGAAUUAUACAGACCUGGUCAGUGUGAGGAACCAGACUGAGAAUGAUCUCAUACACAACAUGUUUACAACUGGAUGGGUGUGGAUCGGUCUGUACAGAGACUACUGGCAGUGGUCAGACCAGAGAAACUCCUCAUUCCGCUACUGGGCACCAGGAAAACCUGAUAGUUAUGAUGGGAAUGAGAAGUGUACUGUAGCCUCGAUCACACCGACGCACAGUGGAACAUGGGAUGAUCGACAGUGUGGUGAAAAUCACCCGUUCCUGUGUUAUGAUGACGCUCCGCUCAUCCUGGUCCAGGAGAAUAAGACCUGGAAUGAAGCUCUGAACUACUGCAGAGAGAACUAUGUGGACCUGGUGUCUGUCCACAGUAAGGAGAUCCAGAGCUGGGUGGAGAAGAAGGUUAGAAGUGCCACCAGUUCCCAUGUAUGGAUCGGUCUGUGCUUCUCCUGCAGAUUGAAACUCUGGUUCUGGGUCACUGGAGGUGUGGCCUGCUACCAGAACUGGGUUCCGGGGAACAGGAGUGGAGCUGGACACUGUGGGAACACUGGGGCUGUACAGUCCUGA